AUGGUCAUCAUUACAAAGAAAUUGAAGACCUUUGAGGUCGUUUUCUAUGAUCCUACUAAGGCUUUCUACUCCAGUGGUGAUAAGGUAGCCGGGAAUAUUGUGGUUGAGGUGUCCGAGGUGACCAAGGUGUCCGCUAUGAGAGUGUUUGGAAUUGGAUGCGCAAAAGUGGAGUACGCGAAAGGAAAGCACAGAUGCCGUGAAGACAUUGAAUAUCUGAAAUACGAAGAUACCGUUUAUCUGGACCACCAGCCUAGAGAUUCCAAUGGCUCGGUCACUCUCAGACCAGGGAACAGAUAUGAGUUCAUGUUUGGUUUUGAGCUGCCACAUCCUGGGCAACUGGUGUCGUCGUACAAGGGGAAGUUUGGCUGUGUACAGUAUUAUGUCAGGGCCGUGAUGGAGAGGCCUUCCCAGCCUGCCUUGCAGUGCGAGAAACACUUUGAGGUGGAGGAGCCCUUGGACGUCAACACCCCUGACCUCCUGGCUCCAGCUGCAGGUACGAAGGAGAAGAAGCUCACCUGCAUGUUCAUCCCAGAUGGACAUGUGUCCAUCAGUGCCAAGAUCGACCGCAAGGGCUUCUGCGAGGGCGAGGACAUCUGCAUCAAUGCCAAGUUUGAAAACACCUGCUCACGUAUCGUGGUGCCCAAGGCAGCCAUCAUGGUCAAGCACACCUACCAGGCCAAUGGCAGGACCAAGGUCCUGGGGCAGAAGCUCUCAGUCGUGAGGGGCAACCAUAUCAUCUCGGGCAUGUGUGACAUGUGGCAGAGCAAGACCAUCCGAGUGCCUAGGCUCAAGCCCUCACUCCUGGGGUGCGACAUCAUUCACGUGGACUAUGCCCUCAGGAUCUAUGUCCAUAUUCCCGGCAGUGACAAGGUGUUCCUAGAGUUGCCCCUGGUCAUCGGGAACAUCCCCUUCAAUGGCUUUGGCAGCCGCACCAACAGCAUGAGCAGCCAGGCAGAGUCCCUGAACACCCCCUUCAGUAGCUUUGGGUCGCUGCGCCUCCCGUCACAACCCCCCAGCUACAGCAACAUCUCCCGCGACUGCCGUAUCGACUCCCCCCUCACACCGCUGCUGGUCAACUACGACGCAGAUGAGGAUGAAGGACUGUUCAUGCGCGCCCCCGAGAUUUGGUACCCUCCUCCCCCUGCCUACUCCGAGGUCGAUGAGGAUCUCAAACAGCAAGGGCCAUGUUCUUCGGGUCUGCUGAACCACGAGUAAGAGUUGCAAUUAAUCCCCGUUGUAGUCUAAGCACUGGUGGUUAGCCUUAGUGAGAUCGGGGAACGGACUGGUGACUGGUUAAAGAGCAGCACAGCUGUGAAGCUGAAGACUCUUUCAAGGAACAGAACUGAGAUGUGGACUUGAGAGUCAAGUUGAAGUGAAAUUCAGGUUGAAUGAGUAUGGAUUGUAGAUGUUGGUGUCCACUCCACAUUCACUAUCACCAUUGCAGUCUUCAGAAACUGAUCGUUCUACAGUUGAAGUCGGA